GGUCGCCGCCAGAGGGCAGCCGGGGAGCGCUCCGGGAGCCGAGGCCGAGCCCCCAGGCAGAUGUCAGGAUAUGAGCACUCCCCAGCCAAGCGAGGCCGCCUCAUCUCCUUUGGGAGCCCAUUCCACUUAGCAGUUUACUGUCUUCCUGAGGAGCCACAGCCAGAUGGGCUCCACCCCUGGCAGAAGAAACUCUGGGAAGCUUACAUCGUGGGUACUACCACUCUAGAUGUGACUCCCGCCACCCUGGGCUGUGCUCCGAGCCAUGGCUGAUACCAUCUUUGGCAGCGGGAACCAGCAGUGGGUUUGCCCCAAUGACCGGCAGCUUGCCCUGCGAGCAAAGCUGCAGACGGGCUGGUCUGUGCACACCUACCAGACGGAGAAGCAGAGGAGGAGCCAGUGUCUGAGCCCCGCGGAGCUGGAGGUCAUCCUGCAGGUUAUCCAGAGAGCGGAGCGGCUCGAUGUCCUGGAGCAGCAGAGAAUUGGGCGGCUGGUGGAGCGACUGGAGACCAUGAGGCGGAACGUGAUGGGCAACGGCCUCUCCCAGUGUCUGCUCUGCGGGGAGGUGCUGGGCUUCCUGGGCAGUUCCUCAGUAUUCUGCAAAGACUGCAGGAAGAAAGUCUGCACCAAAUGUGGGAUCGAAGCCUCCCCUGGCCAGAAGCGGCCCCUGUGGCUGUGUAAGAUCUGCAGUGAGCAAAGAGAGGUCUGGAAGAGGUCAGGGGCCUGGUUCUACAAAGGACUCCCCAAAUACAUCUUGCCUCUGAAGACCCCUGGCCGGGCUGAUGACCCCCACUUCCGACCCCUUCCUGUGGAACACUUGGAACCAGAGCUCCGGAGUGCAGAGACCAGCCGCGUUUACACGUGGGCUCGAGGAAGAGUGGUUUCCAGUGACAGUGACAGCGACUCAGAUCUCAGCUCCUCCAGCCUGGAGGACAGACUCCCGCCCACUGGGGUCAGGGACACAAAAAGUGGCAAACAGAGGGUGGACCCAGGUGGCAGCGUGGAGUCCCCCAGGACAGGGCUUACCUGCCCACCCCGCCACCUCUCAGGGAGCCAGAGCAGCCUGGCCAGUGAGACUGGAGCAGGAGCUGCAGACCUACAGACAGGCACCCCGCCCCGGCCUGAGCCCAAGGGCCCUGGUAAAAGACCCACCUGGGCAACUCCCCGCUGCUGAUGUGUCUCCAGGGCAUGGAGCAAUGGAGCUGGCUUUCAGGAGGAAGAAUGUAAGAGAGAGCAGAGCCAGGCUGCCAGGCUCCUUUCUGAACGUCCUUGGACCCUUCAUGGCACCACAGUGGCGAGAGCUCCAACUCUACACACCAGUGUUUGGGGGACUGCCUCCACUCAGUGCCUUGUUGCUCCCUCUGGAGCUGGAACCUCCUCCUCCUCCUCCUUCUCGGCCACACCCUCAGCUUUGGCCUUUAUUUAUUGCCUCCCUCCUGCACCCGCACCCACACCGCCUGUGUGUCCACGUGCUUAGCUCGAGCUUGCAGACAGGGCUUUCCCACACGCACUGCAAUUCUGAUGGAGCCGCCCGUCAGACCUUCGCACUCUCCAUACCACGAGAAGAAAAUUGUACCCCAAAGUGUUACCCUGGAGAGAAGAACGGAGCAUCGAGCCUGGAGGCGCUGCGAUGAGAGCUGGCCUCCCCGCUCCCUCAUCUUCAGCUGGGAGGCAGGAGCAGUUCCUCAGCCCCUCAGGCCCAGGAGCUGACUUUACCUGCUCCCCAAGGGGUCUCAGAAGCCUUCCUUAGCCUCUAGGUUUUUGCUCACCUGGGCACCCAGCUCUUGUGAGACAUUACGAAGACAUUUCUUUCUCUUCAGUAGGUUCUGGUUGGCAAAUGCUUCUGGAAAGCCCUUCUGUGGAGAGAGAGAGAGAGAGAGAGAGAGAGCGAGCGAGACAGCACACAUCCACACCCUCCCUCCUGCCCCUGUCUCGCUGUGCUUGCACAGGGCUUCUUAGCUUUUUUUGCCUUUGCUCCUAGCAAAAGGUAAAGAAACACUGUUUCCCUGUGACACGCAAUGCUUCAGGAUGGAAAUAAUAAAGAGAGAAAUUCUCAUGGA